AGCAUACAAUUCUCUUCUCUCUCUCUUUUUAGAGCAUUUCACACAGUUUACGUGUCCGUACACAACCAGCCAGCCAUGUCAUCGUUUCCCGACUCGUUUACUCAACCCGGCGACGACUCGGUCACCUCAACCGGGUCGACUCGUCCGUUCGACGACGAUGGUUACCAAGGUUACGACCCUCGUCUCCCCUCCCAGCGAUUCGACUCGUUUGCCGCGACUCAUUUCGCCGACUCUGACUCACUCAAGGACUCGGCCACCGAUUCACCGAUCUUCCACAACAACAACGACACCUCUUUCUCCGCCGGCGAUGACGCGGUCGCGUCGCAGCCAGUCUCGGAGAUCUACGCCGAUGAAGCGAUCGGUGAGGACUUCGAUGGAGGGUUUCCUGGAUCGGACGGUCCGAUUUUGCCCCCUCCGACGGAGAUGGAGCCUGAGGAAGGCUUCGCUCUCAGGGAAUGGAGGAGAGAGAAUGCGAUCCUGCUAGAGGAGAAGGAGAAGAGGGAGAAGGAGGUGUUGAGCCAAAUAAUUGACGAAGCUGAUGAAUUCAAAGUUGAUUUCUACAGGAGGAGGAAGGUUACUUGUGAACAGAACAUAGUCACUAAUAGGGAGAAGGAGAAGAUAUUUCUGGCCAACCAAGAGAAGUUCCAUGCUGAGGCUGAUAAAAAUUACUGGAAGGCCAUUGCAGAGUUAGUUCCUAAUGAAGUUCCUGCUAUAGAAAAGAAAAGAGGGAAGAAAGAUCAGGAGAAGAAGCCUUCUGUUGCCAUUGUUCAAGGUCCAAAGCCUGGAAAGCCAACUGACCUUUCAAGGAUGCGGCAGAUAAUCUUGAAACUAAAGCACAACACACCUCCUCACCUGAAGCCUUCACCACCAGCACCAGCCCCCGCAAAAGAUGCUAAAACUAGCUGUACGGCUGUUGCAGCUGAGGCUAAGGCUGCAGCUGAUGUGGCUUCUCCUGAGGCUGUUGCUGCAGCUUGAUAUUUUUCUGUUGUGUCGGUCUAUAAUAGUCAGGAUAUUUCACUGCAAGAGAAAGAUAAUACUUUUUUAAUUGUUAGAUUAUGUUAAGUUUAGAACUUCGAACAUCAUUCACUGGCUAUAUUUGAGUUUGUGAGGAUAUAUGUUGUGUUUUUUUAUGUAGGAACUCAAAUCAAGUGAACUGGGCUUGUGAGCCCGAAAUUAUUAGAUUUUACUUUUGUUUCAAGCCCACUACUGUAAUUUUCAUUUUUGGUGCAUGCGCAAAGCUUGUA